AUGGGGAAAAGCGAGAAGAAGACUGAAAAAGUGACCGAUGAGACGAAGGAGACCGAAGAGAUGAUGAGGAAGAGCCCUGCCCCAGCCACUUCCUCCGAGGCCCCCGAGAAUGUCUCUGCCUCAACCUCCACCUCCAUCCCGGCCGGCGCCAGCCAACCGAGACCAGCGAAGCCGAAACUGCCUGCAGACGGGCUGCCAACCUUGGAGCCCUGGAUGAAGCAGACGGUCGUGCUGCAGCUGAAAGAGGUGAACGGAAGAGUCCCUGACAUGACCUCGGAGAUCUUCGGAAAGAAGAUGAUCCUGGAGCAGGGCUUCAGCAAAGCGGAGACGCUUUUGGUGCAGUCCUUCGCAAGAGGGAUCUUCUACAUCACCUUUGGGUCGUUCCAAGUCUGCAGAAGAUAUUGGGAGAUGGUAAAGACCAGUGGCCCUGAAUCCCCUUUUUGGAAGUUCGUUGCAAACUGCCCUAUAACACAGGACGAGAAGUGGGUGACGGUGGCCAUGCGGAACCCCCACACCCAAAGCAGAGACAUAACCACCUACCUACAGAGGUUUUGCACCGUGGUAAAGGACCCAGUCCGAAUCCUUGAUGUCAACGGCUUCUGGAUAGGGAAGUGGUCUGUGCUAUGCAAGCUCAGGAAAGACCGUUCGGGGGACUUACAGCACCUGCAGGCGUGCUUCUCGCUAGGAUCAUCUGCAGGACACCUUUUCUACUCCGGGAUACCCUACAACUGCAACAGAUGUGGCCGUCCCGGACACAUGGGAAAGGAGUGUACAGAACUUGCUUGCAAGAUCUGUCGGGUUACAGGCCACGAGACCAAGGACUGUCCUAGGCCCAAAGCCUGCAACCUCUGCGGAUUGCCAGAGCACACCUUCAGGCACUGCCCCCAAAGGACCCGGACCUAUGCUGGAGCCCUGAUCCAGGGUAAACCAGCCUCCAGCUCUGGGAAGAAGCCGACCGAAAGCAAACCAAAAGAGCCUCGGAAGGCCACAGAGCUAUUCGCCCAAAGCAUCAGACGGAACCCAGAGAUCAGAGGGAUUACCGCACCAGGACCGGAAAGACGGGAGGUCAAGUGCUCGCUCUACAUGGAUGACGUGACGGUGUUCUGUGCCGACCAGCGCUCCAUCGACACCCUCGUCCAGACGUGCGAAGACUUCGGCCAAGCUUCAGGGGCAAAGGUCAACUGCGGGAAGUCGGAAGUCAUGCUCUUCGGAAAGUGGUUCCUGCCUUCUUCUGCACCCAUACCGUUCAGCCUCAAAGCGGAUUUCAUCAAAAUUCUUGGAGUCUGGUUUGGAGCGGAGGGCGCAGCCCUGAAGUCCUGGGAGGAAAGACUGGCUAAGAUGAGACAGAAGUUUGGACUUUGGAGCAACAGAGUACUUACCAUCGAAGGGAAAACACUGGUACUCCGCAGUGAGAUUCUCCCUGUGUUGCAGUACCUCGCCCAGGCCUGGCCCCCCCGGGACAACACCUGCAAGGCCAUCACCAGGGCGGUGUUUCACUUCAUCUGGGGCUCCAAAAUGGACAGAGUAAAAAGGACUGUUAUGUUCAAGGAACCUCUCAAGGGCGGUAAGGGCGUGCCUGACAUCGCCACAUUACUGAGGGUGUUCUUUGCCUGUAACUGCAUCCGCAGGACUUUGGUUGAGAGAACUGUGGACUCUGGCGGUAACUCCAUGUCCCGUUUUUUCCUCCUGCCUCUUUGGAAGUCUCUUGGAUGGGACAAAUGGGACAGUUCCAUCCCCUACAACUGGGAUGCUCCAUGGUAUUACUUGGAUACUUUCAAGUUCAUCAAGGAGCUGGGACUGCAUGGAGUUAAGCCCGACUUGUGGAAGCCAAAAACUAUCUACAAGUUGAUCAGAGCAUCGGACAUCUUGGAGUCGAUUCCAGGCCUCCCUUCAGCCACUUGCAAAGUGGUUUGGAGGAAUGUUUCUUCAAAGAGACUCAUCAACAGGCACAAAGAUCAGGGGUUGAAUGGAAAAUAA